AUGCUAUUACAUAAGGCUCCUGCUCUAGUUAGCCUCAAACUGAAGCUCAGUCCGAAAUGUACUGCUGAUGAUGUCGGAUUGUGGAUGAAACUCGCGGUGGAUCGCAAUAUCCGCAAGCUUAAAAUCAGAUAUGUUUCCGGUCAUGGACGCAUCAGGCUAUCUAAAAGACUACGCACCUGCAAAACCCUAGUUGCCUUAAAACUCAAGAACGUGGUUCUAGAGGCUUUUUCACACUUGGCAGGUUUUAGUUCACUCAGAACGCUUUACCUUGGAUAUGUGAAGUAUUCCGGGGAUGAAUCUCUUCGCAAUCUCGUAUCAAGCUGUCCAUCACUUCAACAUCUUGUCGUGAAACGGCACAAUAGGGACCACGUGAAGCGAUUUGAGAUUGUAGUGCGGUAUUUGCAGAGUUUAAGGGUAUAUAUAUCACCGCUGCAUGAUGAAGCAGAUUCAGAGGAAUAUGUGUUAAAGACACCUAACUUGAAGUACUUAAACAUUGAAGAUCAUUGCACUGGUCGAUGCUCCUUUGAAGAUAUGCCUUAUCUAGAAGAAGCUAAUCUUGACGUUGCCUUCACCAAUUCUGAUAAGAUUUUUGAGUCUCUUACCUCCGUCAAGAAACUUUCUUUAUGCUUAAAGAAAUCAAAGUUACAGUAUCCUGAGGGUAUUACCUUCUCUCGGCUUGUUCAUCUGGAGCUAUGUACAUGUGAUGACGCAGAGUGGUUGAAUCUACUCAUGCAUUUGCUUCGAGAUUCUCCUAAACUUAGAGUCCUCAAGCUUAACGAGAAGAACCAUGACUUUGUUUGUAAGUAUUUCUUUCGUUCGUGGGUCCAGCAACCAAGUUAUGUUCCUGAAUGUUUGACUCAAAGUCUUGAAGUUUUCGAGUGGCGAAACUUCAAAGGAACGUUCAAAGAGAUGGAUCUUGCGGCUUACAUCUUGAAGAAUGGUCUUUGUUUAAAGAAGUCUUUGGUUCUGCACGAGGCUCCGGUGAUAGAAACUCUGAAUUUCAGACUUGGUAAAACCUCCUUUGGUCCUGAGGAUAUUCGGGUGUGGAUUAAAGCUGCACAUAAACGAUGUGUGCGCAAGCUGAUCAUCGAGAUCGACGGCUCUUUAAGAAAAUCUCCGGCCAUUCUUCCGAGGGGUUUCUACACAGACUGUAGAGUGCUCGUCGAGUUGAAGCUGAACAACGCGGUUCUCGCGAACGUUUCUUCAUCUGUUUCUUUCCCGUCGCUCAGAUGUCUGAACCUUUUAUCCGUGAAGUACCCUGGUGAUGACUUUGUCAAGAGGUUUUUAUUCGGUUGUCCUGUUCUUGAGCACUUGGUUGUGGAACAAUGCCGAGAUGACAACGUCACCGUUUUCGCUGUUAGAGUGCCUUCUCUAAAGAGUUUACUCGUGUUGAAAUCGUCCAACAGAGUUAAGAAUGUUGCAUUUGGGUUUGUGAUUAAUGCUCCUUCUUUGGAGCGCUUGGACAUUGUUGAUGACAAGGGUGGGUUUUGCAUCGUUGAGGAUGAUAUGCCUAAGCUUAUAGAGGCAAAUGUUGACGUUAAUUACCUUCUUCCUGGGAAGAUUCUGGGGUCUAUUACUUCUACCAAGCGUCUCUACUUAUGUUCAUCAAUCUCAAAGGAUGAAUAUCCUUUUGGUAGUGUCUUCCACCGUCUUGUACAUCUGACGCUAUGCACAUGUGAGACGGAGUGGUUGAAUCUACUUCUGCGUCUGCUCAGAGAUUCCCCCAGACUACAAUCUCUCAAACUUGAACAGUGCCAUCAUACUCGGGCUCAAGAACCACGCCCGUGCUGGAGUGAACCGAUUUCAGUUCCUGAAUGUGUGACAUCGAGGCUUGAAACUCUCGAGUGGGUAAGCUAUGGAGGAGCAGAAGAAGAGAAAGAACUGGUGGCGUUUGUCUUAAGAAGCGGACACUGUGUAAAGAAAGUAACCAUCUCCUCUAACUCAACCGAUCCCAACAAGAAACUUGAGAUGAUCAAGAAGCUGUCAUCGUCCCCCAGGCGCUCACCUACCUGUGAGCUUAUAUUUGACUGA